AUGAACGGAAAUGUUGCCCUAGCAGUAAUGCCUAGUCAGGCGAAACUUGAGGCUGCAAUCGGUCACAAAGUCAGCACGCUUGUGUUUAACACCAUGCUUGACGUGUACGCAAAACGAAUGCCAGCGUUUUUCGGGGACCGUCAGGCUGGUGUUCAAGCUGGAGGACAGACAGGGCAAAAUAGGGGCCCAACUGCAGGUUCCUUCGAAGCUCUGACUGAAAGCCAACCUGGAGCUGGAGGGCAAAACAGAGGUCCGACUGGAGUCCAAGCCAACAUUCCAACUGGAAGUCGAACAGGAAACCUAGAUCAUCCCGAGAUGUUACUUGCAGUAUCUCAGGAUAUUGAAUUAACACUCGAGGAGAUCCNNAGAAAAGACGAUGAGUGGCAGGAGUUUCGAGACCAGAUACAGACGGUUGUUGACCGGAUGAGCAACGUCCAAACCAUGAUCUGCUUAGGCUUGGGACGACGAGAACCUCAACUAAAGUCCCAGCGCACAAAUUGUUUCGAUGUGCAGUAUUCUGCGUUCGUACACAUGUGGGAGAGGGUUGACGAGAAAUGGAGGAAGGAGUGCGCGGAGAGGGGCAUCGAUUACGAGCCAGUCAAGAGAUAUCUUCAAGACCCUGGUUUCGACAUGGAGACGACAUACCUGUUGCAAUCUAUACCACGUCAGGCCGACCCAACGACCAACAACAUCAUAUUCGACCCGGCGGCUUACGGCAUUCUCAGAAACAACAAAGAUACCUUCGUGUUCGCACCUCACUUGAAUUGCAACGUCUGGCCUGAUUUCUUGGCUUUUCGUCCGCAGGUCUUUAUUGGCAAUAGCCCCAAUGCUGAAUCCGGCCGAGAUCAGGCAUAUAUCGAGACCUAUAUCCAAGAAAGUGCGGUUCGCAAUAGCGACGAAGUGGGACCACGAUUCCGUGCUCUGCAGAACAGGUUCAGGGCAACGGAUGCAGAGUAUUGUCAGUCAGUAUUGGACCAAGGUCCUGUAGAUCCGGAGCACCUCGCGGGAUUGACGAUCUACCAGCGCUAG